UCCAGUUUUUCCCUCCGCCAUGCUCUCCCCCUCCCCGCCUCUCCUUUAACUCCCCCUCCUGGGCUCGGGACUGGUUUCCUCCCUUAGCCCGCUGCCCUCAAUCCCAGCGAGGCUGGGGCUCCGGCUCCCCACCCCUUCCUCGCUCCCAGGCCGGGGCGCCCCAUGCCGCCCUCAGCCGCCCCCGGGCUCCCCCAGCCCCCUACUUAGGCCCGCCCACAGUCCCGGGGUGCUGGAGCGGGCCGGGGGCGCCUGCAUUUUGCCCCUGGGACGGCUCCCGCGCGCUGAGCGCUCCGUGUCCAGGGCGCGGGCAGGGCAGGAAGCGGGUCCGCGUGGGAGCUGCGGGCAUCAGCCGGCCGGGUGGUCGGGGCAGAAUAGCCCGCGCAGCCGAGGCAGCCACCCCAGGGGCUGCACGACUUUGGGGGAGUUGGUGCCCCGCCCCCAGGCCUUGGCGGGGUCAUGGGGACCCCCCAUUCUGGGCCGGGGGGCGUGCGAGUCGGGGCCCUGCUGCUGCUGGGUUUUUGGGGGCUGGUGUCUGGGCUCAGCCUGGAGCCUGUCUACUGGAAUUCAGCGAAUAAGAGGUUCCAGGCAGAGGGCGGUUAUGUUCUCUACCCUCAGAUUGGGGACCGGCUUGACCUGCUCUGUCCCCGGGCCCGGCCUCCAGGUCCCCACUCCUCUCCUAAUUACGAGUUCUACAAACUGUAUCUGGUAGGGGGUGCCCAGGGGCGGCGCUGUGAGGCACCCCCUGCCCCAAACCUCCUUCUCACUUGUGACCGACCAGACCUGGAUCUCCGUUUCACCAUCAAAUUCCAGGAGUAUAGCCCUAACCUCUGGGGCCAUGAGUUCCGUUCACACCACGAUUACUACAUAAUUGCCACAUCUGACGGAACCCGGGAAGGCCUGGAGAGUUUGCAAGGCGGCGUGUGCCUCACCAGAGGCAUGAAGGUGCUUCUUCGAGUGGGACAGAGUCCCCGAGGAGGGGCUUCCCCCCGAAAACCUGUGUCCGAGAUACCCAUGGAGCGAGACCGAGACCGGGGAGCAGCCCACAGUCUAGAGCCUGGGAAGGACAACGUUCCAGGUGACCCCACCAGCAAUGCAACCUCCAGGGGUGCUGAAGGCCCCCUGCCCCCUCCCAGCAUGCCUGCAGUGGCCGGGGCAGCAGGGGGGCUGGCGCUGCUCUUGCUGGGCGUGGCAGGGGCUGGGGGUGCCAUGUGUUGGCGGAGACGGCGGGCCAAGCCUUCGGAGAGUCGCCACCCUGGUCCUGGCUCCUUCGGGAGGGGAGGAUCUCUGGGCCUGGGGGGCGGAGGCGGGAUGGGACCUCGGGAGACCGAGCCUGGGGAGCUAGGGAUAGCUCUGCGGGGUGGUGGGGCUGCAGACCCCCCCUUCUGUCCCCAUUAUGAGAAGGUGAGUGGCGACUAUGGGCACCCUGUGUACAUCGUGCAGGAUGGGCCCCCUCAGAGCCCUCCAAACAUCUACUACAAGGUAUGAGGGCUCCUCCCACCUGACUCCUGGAUCCAGCCCUUCUCGGGGUGCUCCUCCAGUUUAAUUCAUGGUUUGAGAGACACCUCUAGCAUUUCCUUGGCCCCCUUUGCUCCUCCAACUCCUUUGCUCCUCCUGGCUGGUGCCCUCCUUCAUGUUUAGGAUUCCUUCCGGCUUCCUCCUUCCUGCCAUCCAGGUUGGCCCUGUGCACCCCUUUGUCUCCACAUUCCUAGGUCCUUUUGGGGGGUGGGCGGAGGCUAAGCCUUCUUUUCUGAUGUUGGUCCAGGGGUCCCGUUCGCCUCAUCCACAGAGAGCUAGGAGUGGGAACAGUCUGUCUUUGGUUGUCGCCUCUCCCUUUCUGCCUCUCACUGCUUUUCUCUUCUUGUCUCCUGUCUCUCUCUUGUCCUCUCUCUUUUCUGUCUCUAGGUCUGUUCCUCUCCCCAAGCACCCUCCUCCUCCCUCUCCUUUUACCCUCUUGGCUUCUUAUUCUGUGCCUCUCCCGGGUGGGGGCAUCAAAACAUUUUAUUUCCCCAGCUCCUGUCCUCUCUUCUGACCUCUCUGACCAACCACUCCCCUCAGUCUGCCAAAAACGGGGGCCUUGGGAGGAGGCUCUGGUACUCCACCCCAGCUAAGGGCAUGGGCAGCAGGGUCUCCUUCUCUGCCCUGCCCCAGGCCUCUACGUACUUACUCCAGCCAUUUGGGGUGGUGGGGUCAUGACAGCUACAAUGAGAAGAAGUGUCCCAUUUUUGUCCAGUGGCUGAUAGCAAGAUAUGAAUAAGCCUGUUGGGACACAUAUGGACUUUGAUGCUGAAUGGACCACUUGGGACAGGAGGUGACUUGCUCCAGACAAGAAGUAACCAGGCCUGGACAGAAGUGGCCUGGGAAGUGGCAGAAGCAGUACAGCAGGAACUGGAAGUGCCUUCAUCCAGGACAGGAAGUAGCACUUCUGAAAUAGGAAGUGGUCUGGCUGGAACUUGAAGUGGCCUAGUAGGGGGAGGAUCAGGGGUGGUGAAAGAUGGACGGUUCGUACUUGAUGGAGAAAUGAGGGCAGGAAGAACUUCCUGUUUCAGGAGGAAGCUGGAACUUGACUGACUGUAAGAAGAUAGGGUGGACUUGGGAGGAUUUUGCUAGUAUUUAGUGGCACUUCCCAGAAUCUCCCUUCCCUUGUUCUCUGUGCUGAUUUUAGGACAGCUAUGCUGACUGCCAUCUUACUGCGGCAGGCCCACUUUGUCUUGUUCUUCCCUCUCCAUAUCCUGAUAUGAUCUCUGUUGUUCAGCAGGACUACCCCAAGAACCCAUGUGCUGUCUCCCAGUAACCCAGACCGACGCUGUCUUGUUCAACAUAUCCUCAUUCCCUUCAAAUUCAACACAGCUCCCUUAGUGACCAAAAUGGUGGCUUACUGAUUGGUCUAGCUGACAGUGGUACUUAACAAUUGCUACUGUUUCCAUGGUGACCAGCUUAUACCUCGUCCUGCCUUCUAGUGUACCAUUGGGUGUUGCCUCAGUUUCCUCCCCAGCUCAGUUUCUUUAGAUCAGAGCUGCCCUUGGGCACCAAGGUGGCCACCUCAGUCACCAGCCAAGAUGGUUGCUUUGUCUACCAGAGGUUAAAUCAUCUCUCUGGUGCUGUAGUUCCCAGCUCCUUCCUGAUUUUUCUAAUUCCUUCCAGGGAACAGGAAGUUGAUAUUGCCAUGGGGGAGGUGGCGGGGUAUGGCCGUCACCUCAAUAGUUUUACUGUAAAAGGGAAAUUUGAACAAACAAACAACAACAAAAAAAGAAUAAAAAACUUCAAAAGUU